AUGGCGCUGGCAGACAUUGUGCACAAGGGCUUUGUGCUGGGGCUGGUUGGCGUGACGCUGUAUUAUGGCACGUUUGUUGCCUUUCGCUCUGGGGACGUGAUUGCGCGCUAUCAGGCAAACAAGGCCGCCAAGGACGCACAGAACAGCACUGACACCGACACAGCCGUGCUCGACGCAGCAGCGCAACAUCAACAAGGGGCGUCAUCAUCCUCCAACAGCAACAACCAGCCACGCAGUGACACAGAAGGACACAAUGAGGGCAGUGACGGAAGCAGCGCAAUGAUCAACUGA